AGCAUCUAUAUGCACGUGCUCAUCUUACAUCUUAAUUGGAUACAAAGCCCUUGAAACCCAUUACGCCCAAGGUCUUGAUGAUGUUAUCUAGAGCUUGAUAAUGUGAUGCUCACUAAUACCUCCUACCGCGUACGCCUGGCACGAUGGAAGAAGCAAUCCGCUGGUCACCACAUUCUACGGCGUCGGAUCCACGCUUCGUUAUAAUCAGCGUCUCAAACAAUCGCCUCCAAUACUGCAAGCUCGACAAUAUCAGCCAUGAUAAGAAGAUCUUGUACUCCGAAAUCAACACGCGUCGCAAACUCCCAAAUUUCACCGCCUUCGACUGGUCAAAAACACAGGAGCACUUUGUUGGCAUCGGGGCUGCGACUGGCGAAGCCGUACUUCUGGAUCUACAAAAAGGUGAUAAUGCAUUCAUGCAAUCAUUCCCCAUCAAGCGGCAGCGCAAAUGUAACUCGAUCGCCUUUAGCGCCAAGAACUUCCUGGCAACCGGACUGGAUAACGUAAGGAAUGAUGUGUGCAUGAACAUUUAUGACCUCAACGCAAGUAUGCCGGUAAACACAGAACCGUACCGAAAGUUAGGGACGAGCGAGGCGAUCUCAAGUAUCAAGUUCUUCCCUGGACAGCCGGAUACGCUGUUAGCAGGAGUUAGGGGCCAGUGUAUACGACUAUAUGAUCUGCGAGACUCACCAGGCAGUAGUACUGCCCAGUUUCCUACUCGUCAAGUCAAUAACAUAUCUAUUGACCCCCUGGACGAGAAUUUCUUCAUCUCCGCUGGUCCAGCCGGAGACGCGACGGUGAGUAUAUGGGACCGCCGUUACGUAUCGCGCUCUACUUCCGGCACGCCCUCAUCCGAAGUCCCCGCCGGAUCUCUUCUCGAAUUGAGACCGGCAAUUGACACGUCGACUCCGGGUCAAUCGACUUCAAUCUGGUCACUUCGGCAUUCUGGAACGAAGCGUGGCUGUUUUGGCAUCCUUGCAAACACAGGCGAGAUCAAGAUCGUGGAAACUGCGCAGCAUGGUAUAAAGUCCAGCAAUAUUCUGCAUUCCGGACCUUCCAAUGACUAUGGAGGUACGCCUUGGGCCGCGAACCAGUACGUCAGACGGAGCCACGUUCUACAGUACUCGAGAUCGGAUGUGUCUUGGGCUAGACAAUACGAGCGACCAGCCGAAAACGAGAGAGUAUACGCAUAUGACUUCAUGAACCCGGGGUGUCCAGCGGAAGGUAGUUGUCUAAUUGCGAUGACGCGGCCCCAAGGGCAGCAGCAGCGUGAGGUCACCAUGCUUAGGAUUCCAGAUGCACCACCGCAUAUCAAUUUUACAGCUACGAACGAGCUAUAUCGGGAUCAAACGCUUCUGUAUCAUCCUAGAGCACACAGGAGAAAGAUUGCCGACGACAUGGACGAGAUACGACGGAUUGCGCUGACUGGGAAAGAGGCAAUGACGGACUCUAUGGUGCUGACCGGUAGCUUGGUAUCGACAGAGACGCUGAAUCCCGCGAUAGAGAUGAUGAAAUUAGACGCAGGGACGUCGAGCUCAAGCCAGUCAUUGCACGAAGACUUACUCACUAUUGCGAACAGCGCGUUAGAACCAGAAGAUUUGUUCACUACGCUUGACGUGCAAAGAAGACGUUGUAUGGAGGGUUAUCUGUUCGACUGCAAGAAGAACAAGCUCAUUGUUAAGGAUGACCCGUGGCUUGGGGACAUGUGGGAUCUAAUAGCACGCCUCGACGAUCUCAAAGCCGACGACGGCAUGGUCGCGCACGACCUAGACAUGAGCUAUGCUGGUGUGCACACGGUCUGGCGAAACACUCUCAAAAUGCGCCGCGUCGAUAAUCGCCUGAUAAGUGGUGAUGCAGCUACCGACGCAGCCGUAAGCAGGACCGUGAGUCGCAUAGUCAAAAACAAAGAGCUUCCUCCCCUCCUGAACGCCGUGCCGACCAAAUUCACCGAGCAGCGCCAGCUUUGCUUAGCAAUCUGCGGAUGGGCCCUUCCUAGAUCUACUCUACACACGCAUUCUCUUGCUCUCAUAGAACAUGGUUAUGCCUACAAAGCCAUUGUUCUCGCCUAUUUCAAAGGCCAUACCGACCUUGCAAUUGACCUUCUACGUACCGCCACCCGUGCCGGCCACAUCCAGAACAUCGGUUUGGCAGCCAUCAUCGCUGGUGCUGUGAUUUCUGAUGACCGCGAGUCAACCUUCAGCUGGAUGCUCGAAGAAUCGUCUGACCCUUACCUGACCGCCCUACUAACAUACUUCAUCAAUCACUCUUGGGCCCGUGUCGUCGAAAUGCCGCAGCUUGCCCUUGCAGAUCGCGUCGGCAUUGCUCUCACUUAUCUCGAUGACUAUGCCGUGGGCACCUUUAUUGAGCGCCACACCUUCUCUGUCAUAUCUGCAGGAUCUAUCGAAGGCCUCGUGCUCACAGGCCUUGACUAUCCUGCCAUUGAUCUUUUUGAGAAAUACAUCGCACGCUUCGGCGACCUUCAGACCGCCGUUCUGGCCCUUGGUCGCAGUCAACCGUUGUAUAGCGUUCCCAACGAUGUACGAUGGCAGGCCUGGUACGAUGCAUACUUGGCACAGAUGCAUGUCUGGCACGCCUUCGUACAACGCGCGAAGUUUGUUGCACAGCAUAGUGUUCGCGCCGUCAGUAGGCGCGGAAAAAGUGAAGUCAAGAUACCCGGGCCACAAGUUACGAUUCGGUGCAACAACUGCCAACUAAACCUGGCAAGGCAUGUGGCAAAGCCACUAGCCAUGUCCAAAAUUGGUCCACCUGCAGCACCAGGAUCUAAAUCUGCAGUGGAGCAGAAAGCACCGCCCAAAACUCCAGCGUCUGCUGCUGGAACAGUGUGUCCUCGAUGUGGAGCCCCGAUGCCGAGAUGUGGGAUUUGUAUGAUGUGGCUGGGUAGCCCGGAUCCGGCGAAGUUGGGGGGUGCGGCAGCUCUGAGUGAGGAAGAUAUGCUUGCGAGACAGAUGACGCUCUGUCUAGGGUGUGGGCAUGGAUUUCAUGGGAAUCAUGCACAGGAAUGGUUCCGGAGGCAUCAGAUGUGUCCAGUACCGGAUUGUCAGUGUAUGUGUGGGAUUGGAGUAAGUGCCAGGUAAUUAGGGGAAGACAGCGGAUGUACAGCAUGAGUUAUGAACAUAGGAGGAGAUCUUUGUGUGCAUUAGGAGGGUUUAAUGAUACCAUAUACGACCUUGGAACACGGUACUCGAGUAGACAGAAGAACUUUACCCGAGAUUAGGGGAUUAGGGCCUGCAGGGCUGAUUCCCGCCAGGUAUCCUAAGCCGGGAAUUACAAUUUCGAGUGCACUGUUCACGACGCAGAAACUUGUUUCUUUGGCCUGUUCGAUCUCUGCCUACAUACACUUUGCCACUUUACAUUGUGUGUACCCCUGCAACGCGGCAUAUAAGAACAAAGUCUAGUGGCGUGCAUCAGCACACAUAUUCUCAUUUUCCAAGACGCUCUCUGAC